GCCGCUUGACGUGGGACUUCACACCGACCAUGAAAAGAUUUGUCGUUAGUAAUUAAUUCUUGGUAACUCUCAUUCAUCAAAGCAAUCAUUUGUUUUCUCGUGAGAAAUGGAACCGAACCUUAAAUCGACUCGUGGUCGAUCGAUCAAACCCACCGGUCCGGUCCGUAAUUCUUGAUAAUAGCAUUUGUUUAUGUAGAAAUCUGCAUGUAAUAAUAACGAUAAUAGCAUUAAUAAUAAUGAAGGUGAGAAAAUGUUGGGCCGUGUGAUCCGUGAUAUCUUAUGGGCCAGUAGAAGUCCACUACCGAUCCGAUUCCCGCUCCUAUUUCCUCGCUUCGCUCCGUGACGAAGCGAACCGCUUCUCCAAAUUCCACCGGCUCCUGCUGUUACCGUCUCUCUCUCUCUCUCUCUCUCUCGCUCGCUCGCCCGCUCGCCGCACAUGAAGAAGAAGAUAGAUGUCGCCACGCAUGGAGGCAGGAGGAGGAAGAGCCUCUACGAGCUGUCUCUCACCGUGGCCCUCCCCCUCUGGUGCCUCCUCUUCGUCCUCCACUCCCGCUUGGGGCACGGCGACCGUCGUCGAGGUUGCUUGCCACCUCCGUCCCUCCAUUCUGUUGUUGGAUUCUACGUAAAAGCAGCUGCGUUCAUUGAUGCUGAUGCGCGAUCUUUUGUAGAUUUGUCGUCCGAUGGCGAUGGCAGCGGCAACCUCUGCAGAAGCACACAGUUAGAAUCGUAUUUUCCUUUUAUGCAGAACAAUACCUUCAGUUGCUGCGGAUUGAAAGAACCCGAAAAUCCAAUGAGAGAAUUGAUUGGAGUUGAAGAAGCCAUCGCGAAUGGGAAAGCUUCGGAAGAAGAGAAGGGAAGAAACUGUAGUCGGGCGAAAGAAAAGGCCGAUCCGCCCACGCAAUCUGGCUACAUCGGGCUGGAUGAGUUCCGGAACCAGACGCUGCGAAGAAAGGAAAACGAUGCAGAUAAGCUGCACGGCAAAAUCACCCACAGACUGGAGCCUGGUGGCUUGGAGUAUAACUACGCCUCCUCCGCCAAGGGCGCAAAAGUGUUGGCCCACAACAAGGAGGCAAAAGGGGCAGGAAAUAUACUGUGCAGGGACAAAGACAAGUACCUUCGGAACCCGUGUUCUGCGGUCGACAAGUUCGUCGUCAUAGAGCUCUCCGAGGAGACGCUGGUCGAUGCCAUCGAGAUCGCAAAUUUGGAGCACUACUCAUCCAACUUCAAGGGUUUCGAGCUGUUGGGGAGCUUGAGCUACCCAACAGAGACAUGGACGCCGCUCGGCGUCUUCUCCGCGGAGAACGUGAAGCACGCCCAGCGGUUCAUGCUUCCGGAACCGAAGUGGACGAGGUACAUGAGGUUAAGCUUGGUCAGCCAUUACGGCUCAGAGUUCUACUGCACGUUGAGCUAUGUAGAAGUCUACGGUGUAGAUGCCAUAGAGCGGAUGCUGGAAGAUCUUAUUGUGGUUCCGGUGGAACCUGCAACCAAUCAAAUGUCCGUGGAAGCAGAUCCCAAGUCUGGUGACAAGGUUGAGGCUGCCCAGGUUCAUGGUGGGGAUGAUGUUCAUAGCAAAGCAGACCCUAACAAGUCGAGCACGCUUCAUCCUGUGAAAGAAGGCAGGCAGCAAUUAACUGGUAGAGUACCGAGUGAUGGAAUUCUGAAGAUUUUGAUGCAGAAGAUGAGAUCAAUGGAGCUCAGUCAGUCCAUUUUGGAGGAGUACAUAAAAGAACUCAAUCGAAGAUACGGUGAAGCUCUCCCAGAUCUACAGAAGCAGUGCUCGGAGAGUGCUCUGGUACUACAGAAAAUGAGUUCAGAGAUCAAGGAAAUGAUGGAAUGGAAGGAGUGUAAGGAGAAGGAACUUACUGACCUUGAGAACUGGAAAGCCUCUGUCUCAGCUGAACUAGAUGCUUUGGUCAAAGACAAUGCCUUGUUCAGAGCAAAUAUUGAGAAGAUACAGAGCAGCCAAGAUUUACUAGAGAGCAAGGAGCUUACCGUAAUUUCCAUUAGCCUAUUUUUGGCAUGCUUCGCAUUCUUUAAGUUGGUGUUUGCCCAACUUCUGACAUUGUUCAAGACUUGUGAAUCUGACAUGAGAAGCAGGAACAAGAGGGAAUGGCUCCUAAUAUUUGUGAGCAGCAGCUUAACAAUUCUCAUAACCUUAUUAUAUGGCUGAUCUCAUUUCUGCCGAGCAGUGCGUUUCACUUCUUGCAGCAUCAGAUCAGCUUAAUCAUCAGGAAAUUUUUACAAAAACACCAUAUGUUUCGGAUGUAUAUAAUUCUUGUAGCCAACUUCUUGUUAGUGUAAUCAAAUCCUACUUCAAGAUCGAGUUGCCAUCUACUGUUUGCUCCUCGAGGGGGUUUCAGUCAAUCUGUACUUUUCAUUCGGUGCAAAGAAGUUACGAGGACGA